UUUGCAUUUACUGAAACUGUAUAAUAAAACUCCUAUACACAACAUUUAAUAAUCGUAUCAAAUUUUAACGGCUCUACGUACCCAACUUUACGAUUUGAAAAUAAAUGCAUUUACUAUUUUGAGUUUUAUUGUUUUCUAAAUUCAGUAUUAUUACAGUGUUAUGCCGGUGCGGAUGUAUUUAUUUUGAACAAUGUAUAAACUAGUAGCGUCCUUAUUGGUAAUAUCGAGUUUCGUGUGUGUACAAGCGGACGAUUGUCCAGAAAUACUGAAAUUGUUGUGCCAUGAACAAAAAAACUGUGGCAAUUGCAUGCUAGCUCAUAGUUGUUGUAAUUGGUGCUACGACAACACGAAUUUUACAGGAAUUUAUAAGUGCGACUUUGAAGAAGCACUCAGUAGUGCAGGUUGUGGUGCUUCUGGACAAGAAUUUAAUCAAGAUUCUUCAGUGAAAUUUGUACAAAAUUUGGAUUUUACUGCAAUCAGUAGUGCUGAAGAUGCUAAUAGUGCUAUACAGAUCAAACCUCAAUCUUACAGAGUGAUUUUGAGAAAAGAUUCAGCAGUCAAUUUAACAUUUACGUACAAAGCAGCUAAAAACUACCCCUUAGAGCUCUAUUAUUUAGGCGAUUUGAGUUAUUCAAUGAAAACUCAUUUGGAAACUUUGAAAAAUAUUGGAGACGAAUUAGGUAACAGUUUGGAAAAAUUAACGAAACAUUAUAAAUUGGCUUAUGGUUCGUUUUUGGACAAGCCUGGAAUGCCUUUUAUAUGGACCGAUAAAGACAAGUACGAGAAUCCUUGUCAGACUGGAGCGGAAAAGUGCGAGAAAACUUAUUUGUUCAAGCACAGUCUGAAUUUUACUGAUAAUAUGAGCUUGUUUUUUGAACAGGUCCAAAACAGCAAAAUAUCAGCCAACGUCGACGACUUAGACGGAGCUUUAGAAGCCAUCUUCCAAAUCCUGGUUUGCAGCCAGCAAUUUGGCUGGUCAGAGUUUUCCAGGAAAAUUAUUCUGCUUUCCACUGACAGCUUUUUACAUACUGAAGGUGACGGGAUUUUAGCUGGAGCCAGCGAGGUCAACAUCAAAGAGCUGUGCCUGAUGAAUAGCACUGGAGAUCAUACGGAUCCUUUGAGAUAUGAUUAUCCUUCUGUGGCACAGAUUAAAGGGUUGUUAAGGAAACAUAAGGCCAAUUUAAUAGUUGCUGUGACAAAAGACAAAAUCAAACCUUACCAGCGUAUGGAAACCGACAUUCUGGAACACGAAGCUUUCGUAGGCGAGCUCCAAAAAGACAGCUCAACAAAUAUAAUCGACUUGGUCAAAGCUGGAUUUUACGAUUUUGUCAAGCAAGUUGAAUUUUCAGUCAACACCACUCAUGCGCCGGAACUGGGCGUCAAAUUCUUCGGAGAUUGUUACGGUUUGGGCCAUUUCAACAACACUUCUGGCUGUUGGAACAUUGAAGAAGAAAAACCUGUGCAAUUUAAAUUGGAAAUUAGCCUCAAAGAAACCACUAGAAAGUUUUCAGAACAAAUCCAUAUAAGAGAGAAAAACAUCAACGAAGAAAUUGAAAUCAACAUAGAAUACGUGGCAGGUACUUGCAAAUGUCCAAACUACAAAUCGCAAGAGGAUUUGAUGUGCGAAAAUGGUAGAAACGAUUGUGGCAUGUGUGCCUGCGAUUUGGGAUGGAAAGGAGAUAAAUGUUCGGAGGAGUGUAAAGAAGACCCUCACGCUUGUCGUCAGGACGAGGAAACGAUUUCCUGUUCGGGACAGGGCGAUUGCAUAUGCGGAAAAUGUCAGUGUCCCGUCCCCUACACGGGACAAUUUUGCGAGUUCGAGUGUCCCUACAAAAACCACAUUAUCUGUAGUAAUAGAGGCACCUGUUACGAAGGCGUGUGCUCCUGUCAAAAAGGCUACACCGGCGAAGAUUGUUCCUGCGAAGUAUCUACAAAAGAAUGCAGAAUAGUCGAGGACAGUAAGUUAUGCAACGGACAAGGGGUGUGCGAGUGCAACCAGUGCGCCUGCGCCGAAGGCUACUCGGGAAAAUAUUGCGAAAUAUCGCAGGAUAAGAAUUUGUUUUGCGAAUCUUACGAAAAGUACGUCAGAGAGUUUGUAAUGGAGGAAAAUAGCAACAAAUCUGUAGCAAUCCAAGAGACAAAGGUUUUAUUUGAAGAAUGGGAAAAUGAUGGAUUAUGUGACGCCAGCGACACUUGCUCCAUAGUCUAUUUUCCAUCUCAAGUGCAAAGAUGUCAAAUAGACUAUUGCUAUCAUAGAGGUGAAAAUAAUACUGUGCAUUUAGGCAUUACCAACAAAAUAUGCUUUUUUACCAACGAAGCUUAUGGGAUGACAAUGUUUUUAGGGGUUUUUGUUGCAGUUCUUCUUGGUGGAAUUAUAAUUAUUCUAUUUAGGAAAUUUCAAAUUUAUCGGCAAGACAAAGCGGAAUAUAAGCGUUUCGUUAAUGCUAGCAAAAAUAUUACAGAAAUGAAUCCGCUUUAUGUUUCUCCUGUAUCUACUUAUAACAAUCCUAUGGCUCGAUGAAAUAAAUAUACGUUUAUUUAUUUUUGA